AUGCUCAGAUAUUCUGGUGGUUCCAACGCCACCACCAUUGGAGAUCCGGCUAUCUUGGGAAUACCCCGUAUACAAGAGGUACAAGGAACAAUACCGCCGCACACGCGGCGAAUGAGGCAACAUCUCCCUUCCCCACCGCAGAUCCCCCUGUCGAUGUCACUCCACUCAUCAACUGACACUAUUGUCAGAUCGUUUCCGGAAUGGGUAUGCUACCACCAUCCUCCCGCCGUCCUCGAGCAUGACAUGAACCAUGAUCCCAUUAUACAGCCCUUGCGCCAUUUUCCAUGUGGCCUGGCCUUGGUGGUAUGA